UACAGGCAAAAAAAAAAAAGUCCCAGAUGAAGUCAGUGGAGCGAUAACUGUAGCAUUAUUUCAUAGCAGUGUUAGGGAACAUGGCUGGACCUGGACGAGGUCGGCAGAUAUGGGGUCUGACCCUGUGCUUCGUUGGUAUUUUGGGAGUAAUUUUGACGUGUGUACUCCCAAUGUGGAGAGAGAUGUCCUUCGUUGGAGCCAAUGUUGUCACUGCUCAGUUGGUUUGGGAUGGUCUGUGGCAACACUGUGUGGUGCAGGCAACAGGACAGAUGCAGUGUAAGAAGCACACAGCCCCCUCUCUGACAGCAGACCUCCAGGCAGGGCGCGCUCUUACUCUCAUCUCAAUCAUGUGUGGCUUCCUGGGCUUCAUGGUGGCGCUACUUGGUGGUGGAGUGCUGAACUACAAAGAAGAGGACCCUGAUCGAACCCAAUAUGAGAGCAGUCCCACCAGGAAGAAGGCCCGUAUUUUAGGUGGGGCUCUGUGUGCUCUGUCUGGUGUACUCUGUCUUAUUUCGGUCAGCUGGUCGGCUGGUAUCACCACCUUAAUCAGCAAUGACCCCCUUGUGGUCGCGGCCAUGAAACGUGACAUUGGCUCCUCUGUCUACAUUGGCCUGGUCUCCUCUGUGCUGCUGCUCCUGUCUGCACUCCUCAUUGGUUUGGUUUGCUGGGAGAAAAAUGCACCUCGUCCUCCUUCAUCAGAUUAUUCACAUUACACCUAUUCUUAUCAUUCAGGCACACACAGGACAGAUAGAAACCUAAAUCCAAACAAGUAUGUGUAUCCAGAUAAUUCUUUGUACAACCAGGGGCUUCGGGAGUACACAACAAGAAACUAUUGCCCCUCCUCCUUCCUCCACUACAAGUACUUCACCACACAGGGCAUUGUCAAACACUCUACACCCUUAACCACCUCAUAA